GCCUUGGAGUGCGGCGCUGGGGCCGCCCACCACGCUCACUCGCUCGCACUCACUCGCGGGAGGCUUCCCCGCGCCGGCUGUGUCCCGCCCGCUCCCCGGCACCAGAAGUUCCCCUGUGAGUCUGACGGCGAUAUGGGCGUCCCCACGGCCCCGGAGGCCGGCAGCUGCCGCUGGCGCUGGGGAUCCCUGCUCUUUGCUCUCUUCCUGGCCGCGUCCCGAGGUCCGGUGGCAGCCUUCAAGGUCGCCACGCCGUAUUCCCUGUACGUCUGUCCCGAGGGGCAGAACGUCACCCUCACCUGCAGGCUUUUGGGCCCUGUGGACAAAGGGCACGAUGUGACCUUCUACAAGACGUGGUACCGCAGCUCGAGGGGUGAGGUGCAGACCUGCUCAGAGCGCCGGCCCAUCCGCAACCUCACGUUCCAGGACCUUCACCUGCACCACGGAGGUCACCAGGCUGCCAACACCAGCCAUGACCUGGCCCAGCGCCAUGGGCUAGAGUCGGCUUCUGACCACCACGGCAACUUCUCCAUCACCAUGCGCAACUUGACCCUGCUGGACAAUGGCCUCUACUGCUGUCUGGUGGUGGAGAUCAGGCACCACCACUGGGAGCACAGGGUCCACGGUGCCAUGGAGCUGCAGGUGCAGACAGGCAAAGACGCACCAUCCAACUGCAUGGCGUACCCAUCCUCCUCCCAGGAGAGUGAAAACAUCACAGCUGCAGCCCUGGCUACGGGUGCCUGCAUUGUCGGAAUCCUCUGCCUCCCCCUCAUCCUGCUCCUGGUCUACAAGCAAAGGCAGGCGGCCUCCAACCGCCGUGCCCAGGAGCUGGUGCGGAUGGACAGCAACACUCAAGGGAUAGAAAACCCUGGCUUUGAGGCCUCAUCACCCACCCAGGGGAUACCUGAAGUCAAGGUCAGGCACCCGCUGUCCUUUGUGGCCCAGCGGCAGCCUUCUGAGUCUGGGCGGCAUCUGCUUUCGGAGCCUGGCACCCCCCUGUCUCCUCCGGGUCCCGGGGACGUCUUCUUCCCAUCCCUGGACCCUGUCCCUGACUCCCCAAACUUUGAGGUCAUCUAGACCAGCUGGGGGACAGUAGGCCAUUGUGACUGGGUCUGGGGCAGGUGUGUUUGAGCCAGAGCUGGCUCUGUGAGUAGCUUCCUUGGCCUUGGGCCUGGUUCCCUCCCUCCUGCUCUAGGCCCAGAUGCUGCAACAUCCCAGAAGCCCAGACCCUCAACCCCUCUGGAUGCUACAUGGGGAUGCUGGAAGGCUCAGCUCCUGUUCCAAGGAUGUUGAUGUGCUGAGAUUCUCCCCUAGAGACAUGACAUUCACCAGCUACAGAUGCCAAAUGGCUUACAUCCUAAGAAGUCUCAGAAUGUCCAGCCCUGCAGCAGCCUCUCACUCUGAGACAUAAGCCUUGGGAUGUGGCAGCAUCAAUGGGACAAGAUGUACACUGGGCCACCCUCCCAGGCAUGAGACACAGGACAUGGUUGGAGAGACUCCUCCCCAUGGCUGCCUUGGCUCCCCCAUCUUGUCUGAGGCUGCUCUUCAGUCAGACUCCCUCUGUGUACCACGGUGGCUCUGGGGCCAGGCCUGCCUGCCCAGUGGCCAUCACCACCUUCCCCAGCUGCCUCCUACCAGCAGUUUCUCUGAUGACCUGUCAACAGGUUAGCCAAUCUGGGGCUUCCACUGUCUGCAUUCCGGUCCCCAGAGCUUAGUGGUCCCAAAACAGGAAGUACAUCUUGGGGCAUGGUGGCCACUGUGAGCAAAUGGUGUCUUGGGCAAUCUGAGGCCAGGCCAGAUGUUGCAUCACCCACCGGAGAUGGCCGUGAGGGAGGUGGGUGGGGCCUUCUAGGAAGGUGAGUGGAGGGGGCACCUGCCCCAGCCCUCCCCAUCCCCUACUCCUGCUGUUCAUUGUGGGCCAUAGCAAGGGUGCCACAGAAUGUCUUGUCCAUCCUGGGACACUUCUGAGUUUGAAGUGGGAUGCUAUUAAAAACUACAUGGGGCCGAGAGAUCGAGACCAA